AUGUUUGAGAUGAAGAGCAGAAGCCUUGAGUGUUUCCUGGGUUUUGUUCAGCCUGGAAUCUGCUGGGAAUCUGACCUCCCUGCAACUGGAGCCUGCCAGUCUUUGGAGCAGCAGAGAGAAGGGACAAUCUCUAGUGGAGUCACCUGUCCAGCUGGCAACGGGCCUCAGCUGACUCUUGCUGGUGGUGUAUGGGCUGGGCAUUUGUGGGGAUCAGUGAGUCCACCUCCAGUUCUCAGGAUAAACAAGCUGCACUGGUUGGCCAAGAUGUUUGCAAGUGCCGUUUCCAUUCAACAGCACAACCCAGAUUUGGGUUUCUGA